UUCAACCAAUAACGAGGUCUGACAAGGACAAAGGUGUACCAGCAAGUUUAGUCAACACACUAGUUUAUUCAACUAUCAACCACACACCCAUCUACAGUGUGCAGGAAAGCAAUUUAUUCCAAAAUGUUGCAGUUUUUCCUGAUUCUUUCUGCAGUUUAUUCCAUGGGCAUGGCAGCACCUUUACCGGAUCUUUUCUCUUACUCACCUGCUGUUGGGGACGGCAGUGGGACUGAAUUUUCCACUGCCAGUGAGGGUCGCAUCACUGGUAUCAGGGUCUGGGAAAACAAUUACUACUACUAUAUCUCUGGGUUCCAGCUGAAGUACGAGAGUAACUGGACAGCAGUGGUUGGUGCAAAUAGUGGCAAUCAGAUGGAAAUGAUACUCAAUGACAAAGAAGCAAUUAUUCAGGUCUCUGGAAAAUAUUACUCUGGCUACAUCUAUGAGCUUGUGUUUAUCACUAAUCAGUGGCGCUUUUUAAAAGUGGGACAGUGUAGUGGGCUCUCAUUUAACUUCUAUCCAACACAGAAAGGAAAUGAGCUGCGUUUUCUCAGCGGUCGACAGAAUGGAAGUGGCAUCACCUCUAUUGGGGCUCACUGGGCCACAAUACGUACUGCACCUGGGAAAGCCCGAAACUGAUUUUUAUUUUCUCAAUUUUUUAUUUAAUGGGACCUUACUACAGAGAAACAUAGAAAAAUGAAUAUUGUACUUGAAUAUCUUUGAUAAUUUGAUUAUAUUCUUUUAACCUGUACUGUGUUAAGAAGAUGUUCUUAUACCUAAAGCAGUUUGUCUAAUUCAGUAAAUUGUUAAAAAUAAAAUGUAUCAAAUAAA